AUGCAAUAAAAUUAUUAAAAUGAAAUUAAAAUCCGAGAGGAUACUUUAAAAGUAGAUAUAACUAUCUUACUAGUAGAAAGUUAAACAAAACCUAAAUGAAAUUAGGAUUUAAAAGGAAGCUGAAAUUGAAUAGGUUCCAGUCCCUGUUUAAAUGGAGCAACUUUAAUAAUCUUAAUAUCUAGAUAGGAAAUCAAUUAGACUUAAAGAUUAUUAAAAAUAUAAAUUUGAAGUAACCAAUGUUGGUAUUCGUAGAAAAUCUGGAAUAGACAACCUCCUCCAUCCUAUACUUCUAAGUAAAUCUUAAUAGAAGAAGAAAGAAAGAAAUAACUCUAAUUAAUAAAAGAAUAAUAAGAAUAUGAGUAAGAAUUAUUAAGAAGAAAUGGUCAUUCAAAUAUCAAUAAUGUAGCUAAUCAUACUAAUUAUGAAUAAAAUGAGUAAUGA